AUGGUCAGGAUGUGUAGCGCCAGUUUCCUGAACAGGGACAUCAGCUGCAGGCGCCAUCUUUCCCCAGAAAGGGACAGGGUCACCAUCACCAGCCGGCUCCUUCAGAGCCAAUCACCAGCCGGCUCCUUCAGAGCCAAUCACCAGCCGGCUCCUUCAGAGCCAAUCACCAGCCGGCUCCUUCAGAGCCAAUCACCAGCCGGCUCCUUCAGAGCCAAUCACCAGCCGGCUCCUUCAGAGCCAAUCACCAGCCGGCUCCUUCAGAGCCAAUCACCAGCCGGCUCCUUCAAAGCCAAUCACCAGCCGGCUCCUUCAGAGCCAAUCACCAGCCGGCUUCUUCAGAGCCAAUCACCAGCCGGCUCCUUCAGAGCCAAUCACCAGCCGGCUCCUUCAGAGCCAAUCACCAGCCUGCUCCUUCAGAGCCGAUCACCAGCCGGCUCCUUCAAAGCCGAUCACCAGCCGGCUCCUUCAAAGCCGAUCACCAGCCGGCUCCUUCAAAGCCGAUCACCAGCCGGCUCCUUCAAAGCCGAUCACCAGCCGGAAAUCAAGUCAGAGAAGGAACACUCCAGAAAAGAGAAACAUCCAGACUUGUUACCAGGCGAGGUGGUGUUCUGCAGUGCCAGCACAGUGUUGAAGUACACUCAGGAUGACCUGUCACAGCGAGGCGUCUUCGGGGCGCUGCUCUGCACCAACUUUAGAGUGUCCUUUGUCAGCGACGAGGCGCCCGCUGAGGAGAUGGGCCAGCUCUUCAAGAAUAAACUCUACGGUGAAAAUGACAUCCCUCUUUCGUGUGUGGAUAACAUCUAUGGAGGUUAUGAAGACAAGAAGAAGCUGUUAACAGGAGGUCUGAUGAAGAACAAGUAUCCGUCUAAGAUCAUCAUCCACUGCAAAGACUUACGGGUGUUUCAGUUUUCUCUGACCUUCUCUAAAGAGGAAGAUGCCAAAAAGAUCUUCCAAGGGAUUAUCCACCACUGUCUGGAGCCGAAGUCCCUGAGAUGCCUCUUUGCUUUUUCCUACUGCGAGAACACCUCGUAUCCAGAGAUGCAGAGGAAAAAGCAGACGGUGAUGUUUGACUCUGUGGAGGACUGGACUCAGGACAUGAAGAGAACUAAAGGAAACUGCAGACUGGUCUCAGAGAACCGCAGCUUUGAGCUCUCUCCAAAGCUGCCUCAGUUUUUUAUUGUCCCAGCAAACGUCUCGGACGAGGACUUGACUAAGUACCAGGGAAAGGGAUUACCGAUGUGGUGCUGGUCUCAUCAUAGUGGCUGUGCCUUGUUUAAAACAGCCUCUCUACCCCUGCUACCAGAGGACAACGUUCCACAAACACACAUGGAGAAAAUGUUGACGGCUGUGGCUCACAACCACCUGUACUCAGUAAAGACAGAAGACCUGUCAGAGACACUUCCCACCGUACAGGACAUCCAGCUGUCUUACAACAAGUUCAAACAGUUCUUCCUCAUCGACAAUACAACAGAGUUUUGGAUGUCCGAUAUGAAGUGGUUCUCCUCACUUGACAACUGUGGAUGGCUGGACAUCAUCAGACAGUGCCUCCAGAAGGCUGUGGAGGUAGUUGAAUGCCUGGAGAAGGAAAACACAAAUGUUCUCAUUAUGGAGGAGGGCGGUUCGGACCUGUGCUGUGUGGUCUCCAGUCUGGUCCAGUUGAUGUUGGACCCCUACUACAGAACUCUUCUGGGCUUCCAGAGUCUGGUGCAGAAGGAGUGGGUGGUGGGAGGACAUGCCUUCCUGGAUCGCUCCAACCAUCUGCACCUCAAGGACAAGGUGGAGAGCCAGUCUCCAGUGUUCCUGCUCUUCCUGGAGUGUGUGUGGCAGCUUCAGCAGCAGCAUGGCCCAGCCUUCCAGUUCUCAGAGACCUACCUGACCGUGCUGUCGGACAGCGUCCAUGUUCCAGUCUUCACCACCUUCCUCUUCAACAAUGACAGCCACAGAGACAGCAUACUCAGGGCCGAGUCGCCCCACACACAAAGAGGCCCAUUGAACUGCCCUACAGUGUGGGACUGGUCGGUGCAGUUUGACUGCAAGGCACAGGAUCUCUUCACUAACCCUUUGUAUGCCGAGAAGCCCAAGCAGGACAAGUCUGUGAGGAAAUCACACAGGCCCAAGCACCUGCGCCAACUGUCCCUGCCCAGCUCGGCCUUCAAGACCCCCCCUAAGAAAGGCUUCUUUAAAGACGAGGCGGACAGCCUAAAGAAAAUCCUCCGUGUAAAGAGGAUCAGUCGCUGGAUGCUGUCUCCCUCAGACUCCCCUCAGACCUCCUCUUCAGCCAGGGAGUUCUACGAGGCAUGGCAGGCGAAACCUCUGGACUACCACGGUCUGCUUCUCCCCUGCCUGGACGGGCCCUCCAUACGUGUCUGGAUGCAGAGGUACCUGCGCUGGAUCCAUGACGUCCAGAUCCUAGGAGGGGGUCCAGUGGCCGUGCUGAGUAAAGUCUCUGAGAUACUGGGGGAGGUUCAGGAGCUGCAGAGAGAGCUGGACCGUCACGGCUGCACUCUAGCCUCCAACCACAAGGGGGCGAGGCCCAGGGCCAAGACAGCGGCGGAGAUCGCAUCCAGGUCUUCGGUGAGGCUGUCGUCGUCGUUCCCCUUCGUGACGUCGAGGAACUGGUCGUUCAAACCGGCCAUACCGACCAGCCUGCUUCAGAGCCUCAUGGUGACGGGGAUCGCAGGAAACCUGGCUGAUCGAGCGGAUGAUGGAGAUGACCUGCAGUCUAUGGUCUAGGAUAGGGAGUGCAUCAGACACCCAAUGGGGGAGGCCUGUUACUGUGCCUACUGUAUGUACACUGGGAACUAAAGUGUGGUGGUCUGUGAGGUAUGUUUCGCAGUGCUCACUGCUCAAAGCCAUCGUUGACAUGACCAUCAUGUUUCCUGCUUUAGACAGAGAAAGGCCAAAACUAUAGCCUACCAUUUUGUGCAGAACUGUGGUGAGCAACAUUUAACCUGUUGAGAAAUGAUCAUCUACAACAACAACUGUGACUGAAUUAUGUCCUGUCGCUUGCUUAAAGGAAAUGGCAUCUUUUUAAAGAAUUCCGAGCUGCCUCUCUGGGUCCAUAGUAGACUACUGUCAGGGUAGGAACCGUAGAGCUUUACGGUCUAAAAUACAUAACUACUGUCCUGGUAGGAACCAAUGAGCUAGUGUGUUGGAAUGGAAGGGUGAGACUGUGAAGUACCGUGUUGGAAUGGAAGGGUGAGGCUGUGAGGAAUUAAAGGGUGAGGCUGUGAAGUAAUCCUGGUGUAGAGACUUCACUAAACUUUGUUGAAUUUAUAGGUUUGGCAAGAAGCCAGCAAAUAUCACUUUAGAUUAGCAUUAAUAUGCAGGACUCUAGGGAGCUCACUAUUCUGACUAAUAGCUUAUAGUGUUAAAGGUCACGUCCAUGCUUAGGGCAGGACCACAUCAUAUUCACACCGUAAAGCACAGAAUUAAUCACGAUUUGUAUGCCUUUUAAUUAAAUAAAAAUGCUAGUCUCUC